AUGUCACUCUCAUCAUUCGAAAUUGGUAAUCUCUUCUCAGUUAAGGGGAAGGUCAGUAUCGGAAGAGCUAUCACCACUGCAUUAGCAGUCAAUGGUGCCAAGGUCCUCAUCAUAGGUAGACGACUUGCGACUUUGGAAACCACCUCCAAGGAGAUCAGUGAACAAGCUUCCAAAAAUGAAGGUCAAGUCAUAGCUAUCGAGGGUGAUAUAUCUUCGAAAAAGGGGAUCGAAGAGGUAUACGAGAAAAUCAAAUCGUUGACUGAUAAGGUCGAUUAUUUAGUCAACAAUGCUGGGUUUGCCGCUGUAUACAAAGUACGAGCGAACAUUGACGAUCCCGUCGAAUUGGUAAAGAAAUUAUGGUCUAUUGAGGAGUCCGACUUCAACGACAUGACAAAAUACUUCAUGACAGCACCAUGGCUUCUCUCAGUCAAAUUGAUCCCCUUAUUCAAGAAAUCGAGUGACCCUGCGAUAUCCAAUAUCACUUCGAUUGGGGGACAAACCAUCGAUAGAUCAUUCACCCAUCCGGCUUACGCCGGUGCCAAAGCAGCUGGUAUGUCCAAAAUUCAUCUCACUCAACGACUGGCUGCCAAUUUCAUCCCAUUAAAAAUUAGAGUUAAUUCCAUAACCCCAGGUCUGUUCAAAUCGCAAUUGACCACCGGAUCAAGUGAGGUCAACGCACCUCUCGCCCCUGUCAUCCAACAACUGAUCAAAGCCGUACCAUCUGGACGAGAGGGUAGAUGGGAAGAGAUUGGCGGUGUAGCUCUCUUGCUCGCGACCCCUGCUGGAGCAUAUCUCAACGGGACGGACAUCGUGAUUGAUGGAGGAGCUAAGCUAGUGAGUAAACGUCACGUAAUGGGUCAACGAAUGCCGUAUAGCUUCUGA